ACUGAGCGGAGCCGGUCACGUGACUGUAGUUCUAUUUCCUUCUUCCUGGGUUUUUUCGCUUUCUGAAAUCAACCGCUCGCCUCGAAGGAGAAAAUGUCCCAUCAAACUGGAAUUCAAGCUUCUGGAGAGUUGAAAGACAUAUUUGCCAGAGCCAGGAAUGGAAAUUAUAGACUUCUGAAGAUUGUGAUCGAAUAUGAACAGCUUGUACUCGGGGACACCAAGCCGGCAUCUCAGAGUUGGGAGGAAGACUAUAAUACCUUAGUUCUCCCUCUUCUUGAUAAGGAUCAACCGUGCUACGUUUUAUACAGACUGGACUCCACUAACAGUCAAGGACACGAGUGGGUUUUCCUCGCCUGGUCACCAGACCACUCUCCUGUGAGAGAUAAAAUGCUUUAUGCUGCUACCAGGGCUACAGUGAAGAAGGAGUUUGGGGGUGGGCAUAUUAAAGAUGAACUAUUCGGCACUGUAAAGGAUGACCUUUCUCUGAGUGGUUACAAGAAAUACCUCAUGUCCCAGGCUGCACCUCUUCCUUUCAGUGCUGCUGAAGAAGAACUGCGACAGAUUAAGCUCAGCGAGGUGCACACUGACAUCAGCGUGGACACCAAGCAGCAGACGCUGCAGGGUGUGGCUUUCCCUUUGCAUGGGGACGCCAUGCAGGCAUUGCAGAAGUUCAAGGACAAGACGCUCAACUACGUCCAGCUGAAAAUUGAUUUCGACAAGGAGCUCAUCAUGUUGUCGAAUACCGAGCUGACAGAACUGAAAGAUUUACCCAAGAGGAUUCCUAAAGAUGCUGCACGCUACCACUUCUUCCUUUACAAGCACUCACAUGAGGGAGAUCACCUGGAGUCUAUAGUGUUUAUUUACUCGAUGCCUGGCUACAACUGCAGUAUUAAAGAGAGGAUGCUUUACUCCAGCUGUAAGAAUCCUCUCCUAGACAUGGUGGAGAACAACCUGCUGAUGGAAGUAGAGAAAAAGCUGGAAAUCGAUAACGGGGAAGAGUUGACGGCUGACUUCCUAUAUGAAGAGGUCCACCCCAAACAGCAUGCGCACAAACAGGCGUUCGCUAAACCCAAAGGUCCUGCCGGAAGGAGAGGAGAUCGCAGGAUCACUCGACAUCCUGGAGAUGGCGAGGAAGCUGACGAUUAAACGCACAUCUGACCGCAUUCCCUCUUUUCCCUGUACUCCAGUGGAACAUUCCAAACAAUGGAGGCCUGUUUUACACAAAGCUAUCUACCUUUAAAAAAAAAAAAAAAAAAAGCAUAUGUAUAUUUUGUCCCCAAAUUGACGCAAAGACCGCAGCCUCAUAAUGAACUAUGCACGCACUUACUCAUGUGAUGGUUUGACCUCUGUAGCUAACUAAAUUUGGUUGAAAAGAAAUGACGUGAACAAAAAGUGUUUAUUAAUGCCAGGAGUGCACAAUCAAAUCUUACUCUAAAUGCAGUACCAUAAAACAUACAUACGACACACUGGCAUCAUUGUAGUAAAUACUACACAUUUACAUGUUUAUAAACACCAGCAUGAAUGUUGGUAUAACAUAUUCAUUAUAGGAAGGCGCCAUUUACAUCAGUAGAAUGUACCAUUUUGAAAAUCUUAUGAAGGUCAGCGAGUGCAGUAAGAAUUGUUAUAUUAUUGGACGAUUACUACUUUAGCAUGAGCAUGUACGCUCUGAAAUGUGAUCAAGAACAAAAAGACCUCCACAAAACCCAUUUCUUUCUUUCUUUUUUUAAAAAAAAAAUUCCAACUUUAAUGUCUGUAAAGAAGUAUUUUUUACAUGAGGCUUAAGUUAUAGAUGUAUUCCACACAACACCAAACACUGUAUGCUCACAUUUAUGAACUCUGGUCACAGAUAUUUUAACAUUAGACACUGCUUUUUAUAUCACAAUAAAAGUAUCAUUUUUGAUAUGACUUGACUGUCACGUGCUCAUGUUCCCAUUUGCCAAGAAAGAAAGAAAAAAGUGUUUUUUCCUAUGCAAGUGAUGUACAUUUUAAUGCAGUUGCAUAGAAUUCGGACUUGUUUUCAUGUCCGUAGCAUGGGUUAGAUUGGCAUUCUGUUUAAUAUAGCUACUGGUAAUGAAAAAAACAAACAGCAGUCAGUAAACCCAGAGUUGUAUAAACAUCUCGACACACUGGGUAAAAAGUGAAGCUGCAAUAUAUGCUUCGUGUGAAACUUUACACUGUUUAGAUGAGAGGAAAAAAAAAAAAACAGUUGAUGAGAUGAAUUGGCUUUAGAAUUUGUAUUCAGUGAAUUACUUGAAAUAAACAGUUACGAUAAUAAUUUGCUCACUUUAUGGCUAUUAUUGCUUUUUCUCAGGCACUGGUGUGUACUUUGUACAAUGUAGCACAAGGUGUCAGGAAAACUACUAGCAUGACGAUAUAUAAGCCAAACCAAAUGUGCGAUAAACCACUGUUGAACAUCUGCACGAGCCAACAAUCAUGUAAAUGGAAUUAUAUAGUGAAUUAUGUCUCAUGUUUGGUGGUCUUGAGAGUGUUUUU